AUGACUUCGUCUUACGAACGUAUCAAAUCAGAAUGCAAACAGAAGGGCGUACUAUGGGAGGACGAAGAUUUCCCGGCCACACAGUCGUCCGUCUUUUACCACCAAACGCCACCCUUCACCUUCCAAUGGAAAAGACCGCACGAGAUCGUUUCUAAUCCGGUAUUCGUGAACGAUGCCUCCGCACAGUUCGAUAUCGUUCCCGGUAAGAUGGGUGAUCGGUGGCUGGUGUCGUGUUUGGGUGUACUAUACCUAUCAAAGGGUUUGUUUUACCGCGUUGUACCGGCCGAUCAGAACUUCGACAAACCGUACUAUGGUGUGUUUCGCUUUCGGCUUUGGUGGUGCGGAGAAUGGUUGGAAGUACUGGUCGAUGAUCGAUUACCUACAAUAAACGGCAAGCUGGCCUUCCUUCAAGCACAGAACACCAACUCAUUCUGGCCCGGUUUGCUGGAGAAAGCGUACGCAAAAUUGCAUGGAUCGUACGAGGCGUUGAAGUACGGUACGCUGCUGGACGGAUUAGCCGACCUCACCGGGGGCAUCACUGAAUCGAUAUCCAUCAAGAUGGACAGCAACAUCCUCAUACGGCCUCCACUACUGCAUAACCUGCUAGAUACGACAAGCAUCAUCACCUGCACGAUCAACAAUGGUACCAUGACACAGAUUCGUAACCAAACUGAAGCUUUGCCGAACGGCAUCCACGUUGGAAUUAAUUAUCGUCUUUGUUCGAUGGAUAAGGCCGAAACUAUCAUGGGCGACACAGUUCAGUUAGUACGGCUACGAAACCCCUUAGCUCAGACGCUCAGCAAAUCUUCAAGCUUUAACGGCGACUGGUCGUCAUUUUCCAGUUCCUGGGAGCGCGUUCCGAUGAACGAACGGAAUCGUCUGAUCGAGCAGCUCGAACCAGGCGAGUUCUGGAUGUCGUUUUUCGAUAUGACGCAAACUUUCACGCAUCUUGAGUGCGUCCAUCUCGACUCGGAUACAGCUAGGGAUGAACCUCAACUGGCGGAUAAGAGUCGCCGUUGGCUUAUGCGACUGUACCAAGGGUCAUGGAAGCGAGGAGUUACGGCAGGCGGGUGCCGCAAUAAUCCGGACUCAUUCCAUAUCAACCCACAGCUGCAGUUAUUUCUUAGCGAAAAGGAAGAUGUCAUCAUCUCAGUCAAUCAACACAGUGUGCUGGAACCGAAAGUAAUCGGUUUUACCGUAUAUAACCUAAACAGUGUGCAAAAUAUCAAUGGAUGUCUCUCGAAGAAUUUUUUCAAAAAGCAUAAAAGCUUAGUCAACUCUCAAUACACCAAUUCGCGACAAAUUAGUCAUCGAUGUUCACUUGAUCCUGGGCGUUACCUCAUUAUGGCUACCACAUUCGAACCGGCUGAAGAAGCGUCUUUUAGUGUGAGGGUGCUUGGUAGCACCAUUCGGUUGGCGCUUCUUGAAACACAGACCAUGCUUUUGCUAGAUCCUUUCCCGCUACUCAAUUCCAACACAAAGAUCACGAUCGAUUCUUCUAAUAACAAUAACAACAACAAUGGUAUCGCAUGCAGUACGGCACAGUACGAACCAGUGUUUAUGCAGCUUGCUGACGAUCAAAGGACGUUAAAUUGCUUUGAUCUCCAGGAACUGCUCGAAGCGUGCCUUCCCAAUGACUAUAUUCGAAGCUGUGCCAGUAUAGACGUUUGUCGGCAGGUGGUUUGUUUGAUGGAUAAAACGAAUCGUGGUCGUAUAAAUUUCAAUGAUUUCAACAAGUUCAUGAUCAACCUGAAAACCUGGUGGGGAGUGUUCAAAAUGCAUACGAAAGAAAAAUCGGGCAUAUUAAAGGCAGAACGAUUGCGGGACGCACUGUUCGAUGUCGGAUUCCAGCUCAGUACGGAUAAUAUUUCCAUCCUUAUUUUACGAUACAUGCGAAGGGAUGGAACGCUUCGACUGGCUGACUUCAUUUCUGCCAUCCUGCAUCUAACUAUGGCUUUUGAGUUGUUUAAAGCAAAGGAUACGAAUCAGGAUGGUAUCAUUAGCAUGGGAAUGACUGAGUGGAUUAAAUCCGUUUUUAUGUGCUAA